AUAGGAAAAGCAUAGGAAAGUUUUCGAGUGGUGUGACUGCAGAAUCUUAUUUAAGUUAAAGAUGUCCCGCACCAUUCUGUAUCUGUUGCUGCUUCUGUUCAGCUCUGCCUCUAUGUCUGAGGUCCCACAGAAAGAGAGAGAGGUGCUGGCUGAGGGGACUGAGCAUUUGGAUGCAGAGGAAAGAAGUGCUCUUUCGGCCUCUGGUGAGUUUGAGCAACACUUUCUCUCAGGGAUCUACUCUGAGCUGGCAGAGCUGAGGUCCACUGUGAGGUCUCUGAGGAACAGACUGCAGGUCACUGAGGAGCAGCUGGAGCAGCUCAAGAGAAGAGAAUAUAAGGUGGCAUUUGCUGCCACACUUGGACCCAUAGGUAACCUCGGACCUUUUAACACCGAGAUAACUCUUGUUUACAAAGAUGUCUUCGUAAAUGAAGGACGAGCUUACAAUCCAACCACUGGAAUCUUCACAGCACCUGUUAAAGGAGUCUAUUUCUUCACUUUCUCUGGACAUAACCGCUCAUCUAAAGCUAUGGGUCUAAGACUCUUAAAAAAUGGACAACAGAUGAUAACAGUUUACAAUCAUCCUCUAGGUGACCGCUUUGAAACAGGAUCUAAUUCAAUCUCUUUGACUCUAGCGGAAGGAGAUCACGUCUACAUGCGCCUCCGGGAAAAUACAUGGGUCUUUGAUAAUGAAAAUGACCACACUUCAUUUUGUGGCCAAUUACUUUUUUCUCUUUAAUGGUCUUAUAAAAGCUUUAACAAACUUAACAGUUUGCUUCUUUUUUGUAAUUAGCCAGUGUAUCCUUCACAUUUGUAUAUAAUACUAUUAUUCAAUGGCAUGGUUAACAGCCCUCUGUGGAUAUUUUACAACACAUUUUGGUGUACAAUAGCCAAUUUUUAUUUGUAAUUUGCGUACCUCUGACCAUUUUAAAUAUUCUCGAAAUAUCACUACUGUAUACGCAUUUUACACAAAUAAUUGAACAUUUGUUAUUGUCCUUUUUUUAUGUUACCUUAAUAAAUUAAA